CACGCGUUGACCUCUGAAUACUUUAAAUUGUUUUUCAAUUAUAAUAACGAUUCAAUCACUUUUUUAACUAAUGAUAUUGUUUAAAAUGAAACCGUUUAUUUAUAUUAUUUUUUUUUAUGUAAAUAAUGUAUGCGGCUUACAAGUCACGUCUACACCCGAAUCUCAAAGUCAGGCAUGGAAUUACUUGAACUUCAUCUCACUUAUACAAAAUUACUUAAACCCCACAGCAAAUCCCAUAAUAAACGCGAAUGUACAAUUCGUCCACGCGCCUCCCGCGACAAAUUAUUUUGGACCAAAAGGAAUAAACUCUUAUAAUAAUAAUAAUAAUAAUAAUAUUGGUACAAGUAAAAGUAAAAAUCCAUGGACAUGUGACAGAACAAAACCACAAUCAUGUACACAAGAAUUACCGUACCGUAGUUUCGAUGGUUCGUGUAAUAAUUUAGAAAACCCAACCUGGGGAAUGGCAAAAACUCGUUACGCUCGACUAUUACCUCCAAUUUAUUCUGACGGAAUUUGGCAACCAGCAGUUGCUAAAAGUGGCCGUGCAUUACCGCGAAGUAGAGUUUUAAGUUACACAUUAUUCCCAGAGUUAAGGGUAAAAGAUCCAAAAUGGACACUGGCUACCAUGCAAUUCGGACAAAUUGUCACCCAUGACACGGCGCAACUGGCCACCGCCCCGAUGUUGCAGAUGGAAUCAGUAGAAUGUUGCACAAAUGAUGACAAGUUGGUGAGGAAAUAUUUAAAUGACCCUUCAUGUUUUCCAAUCUUGCUCGGACCCGAUGACCCGAAUUAUGACCCGCGGUCAUCAGAGUGUUUGACAUUUACGCGCGCGGCUGCUGACUUUCAGAUACCUGACGAUUGUUACGGUCAACAAAAAUCCGCUGACCAGAUAACAUUAGUAACCCAAUUUCUUGAUCUUUCGGUUCUUUAUGGAUCAUCGGAAAGUCAAGCUAGAAAUUUACGUAAAUUUCAAGGAGGCAAAAUGAGAACACAGAUACGGAGGCAAAGAGAAUGGUUGCCACCGGCAAAUCCUGUAAAUGUCACUGGACAAUGUGUAAUAGAAACGCAAAAUCAUGUUUGUUAUGAUGCAGGUGACAACCGCGUAAAUCAAAACCCUCAACUGACGGUGCUCCAGAUCCUCUUGGUCCGCGAGCACAAUCGUAUCGCAACAAAUUUAGCUCGCAUAAACCCUCACUGGAAUGACGAAACAAUUUACCAAGAAACCCGUCGGAUUGCUAUCGCUUCUUAUCAGCAAAUAACUUAUUACGAGUGGCUGCCCGCGAUUAUCGGACUCGAUAACGCGCUUAAAUAUAAACUAAUUUACGAUGUCCCAGACACCGAAUAUAUAAACGACUACAGUCCAAAUGUUGAUCCGACUGUUCUAAAUGAACAUUCUAAUGGCGCAUUCCGUGUCUUUCACUCUCUCAUUGCCGGUUAUCUCAAAUUGGUACAGGAAAAUCGAGUGUCAAGGGGUCUACUGAGAUUGAGCGACUGGUUUAUGCGGCCCGGUAUCAUUGAGCAAGCCGACAACAUGGACGACUUGACACGUGGGCUGGCUGACCAACCAGAACAAGCGCGAGAUGAAUAUUACGAUCAUGAGGUGACACUGUACCUAUUUCGCGGAAAUAGUAAACUGGGUGGUGAUUUACGGUCGACUGACAUUCAGCGAGCACGUGACCAUGGACUUGCGAGUUACAACGACUACCGUGAAUUCUGCAAAAUACCUCGCGCUAAAACCUGGGCGGAUUUCAGUGACUACAUCAGUCCGGAGAACGUCAAGAAAUUGGCGCAGCUGUAUGAGCACCCGGACGACGUUGAUUUCGCGGUUGGUGGGGGACUGGAAGUAAACACCGAAGGGGCCCUAGCCGGGCCCACAUUCCUCUGUGUUUUGAUCGAACAGUUUUAUCGAUCGCGCGUGGGCGAUCGGUAUUGGUUCGAGUCACCUGAUCCGGUUGUUGCUUUUACUCGCGAACAACUUCGCGAAAUACGAAAGUCAACUCUGGCCCGAUUCAUGUGCGACAACAGCGACAGCAUUAAAAGUCUACAGCGCCACGCAUUCAAAUUACCCUCGCUCUCGAACCCAAUCGUCCCUUGCGACUCAUUACCGUCAAUCGACUUCUCAUUUUGGAAAGACUUUGCGCCCCAGCUGGCCAAUCAGCAACAACAUCUCGGUAUCCUCUACCGGAAAUGA